GUCUGUUCCUCUUUUCCCUUCAGCACCUUGCCUGGAUCAAUGUCUUACCAUAGGAAGACAUUGAUCACUAUUACUCAAAUGUAGCAAAUAGUUGACACGUUUACAGGGCUGUGGAUCUAUAAUUACAGUCCCCUGUAUGAAGUCAUCUUGAGAUUUUCCACGACACUCACCAGGGCAGCCACAAGGCAAAACGUUUUUUUAAACACAUUUGAGUGAACAGUGUCAAGUAUUCAAAGGAGGGCAUGAAGUCACCACUCUUCUUUGCGUCUGGAGUGUUGAUUGGGAUCCUGUCGUUCAGAUUGCUCUCUUUUUCAAACUCUUGGUCCGCGCGGUCUUUGUUCACUUUGGGGGGGCCGUCUGGCGAUGUGGGAGACAGGAGCCAUGUCCUUCGUCAUAUUCAUUCAGAGGAUCGGAGUGUGGCAGUCAAUCUCUCCCAGACGACACGUCUGCUGUGCUGGAUCAUGACAGGACCCAAGAAUUUAGAGUCCAGGACCAAGCACAUCCGUGCUACAUGGGCAAAUCGCUGUAACAAAAUUCUGUACAUGAGCUCGGUGGAGACAGACUUCCCCACAGUUGGCCUGAAUGUGAGCGAGGGAAGGGACCAGCUGUACUGGAAAACCAUCAGAGCCUUCCAGUACAUCCAUCAGCACCACUUCGAUGACGCAGACUGGUUCCUGAAAGCGGACGACGACACCUAUGUUGUCGUGGAGAAUCUACGCCACACCCUGUCAAAAUACAACCCAGAAGAGCCAGUGUACCUUGGCCGAAGGUUCGCCCCAUUCAUCCACCAAGGGUACAUGAGUGGGGGUGCGGGCUAUGUCCUUAGCAAGGAGGCUCUCCGGCGGUUUAUAGAUGGCUUCCAGACAGGAAAAUGUUCUCACAGCUCCUCCAUUGAGGACACGGCUUUGGGCAAAUGCAUGGAGAUCAUGAAGGUGGAACCUGGGGACUCCAGAGAUGAGAGAGGAAGACAUACGUUUCACCCGUACCCACCAGACUACUACCUGAUCAGACAACCACCCAGAAAACGACCCAUGCAUCUCCUCUAUGAAUACUACACUCCAAGAGAAGGCCCUGAUUGCUGCUCAGACUUUGUGGUGUCAUUUCACUACAUUUACCCAUUAGAGAUGUACACCCUGGAAUACUUUACCUACCACCUGCGUCCCUAUGGGUACAAGUACAGAUAUAAUCCUAAUGAAACUACUCAAUCGAGCCUUGUUUCUGAUGUAACCAGUAUCCACUAGCUAUAAUGGUUACAUUGCAAAAAAUAUUUGCUAUAUGCCCAGACCUCCUGUGUCUCAUAGUUGAACUUGACCUAUUUAUUGUUGUCACAUCUGUUAUGAAUGAUUGGUUAAGUCAAGUCUAUUUUUGUACAUUGUAUUAUUUAAUAAAAGUUAAUUGUGGUAUGAAAUGC